GGUAGAACCAGUAAGACUGCAGCAUGCUUGCUCUGACAGUCGUCUGUCAUUGUUCACAAGACAGGUGCAGAACUGCAGCUUUGCAGCCAGUGGGUUUGAGACACUGACCCCUUGCUCUGCUAGCCGAAAACCUGAGCUGUACCUGGAGACCAGCAUGUGGGACUAGAGAGUGCGGCAGCGUAUGCCAGUGAGGUCAAAGGGCAGAACUGCAGGGAAACUAGUACAUGGUGGCUUUGUCUGCUGAAUUGCCAGAGCAUGCUAUCUCAGUAGGACUCAGAUAACCUGAAGCUCAUGUACAUCCUGUUCUUACUAGAGGAGAACCUUUCCUUCGUUCCCCCCAUUAGCUGACCAGAUGCUGACACUCAGGUGGUGACAGCAAGCUGCUUUCUGAACUCCACCUUGAAAGCAGGUAGAUGCACAAACAGGGGUGUGAUGAUUUCCUGCAUAGCUGGAAAUGAGACCUAAUACUGAUAGUUUGGGAAGACCCAUGUAAAAUUAAUAUCUCUGAUGAGGAGCAUGGCAUUUAAUUUAACAUUGUUAAAGUGUAUAUACCAGGAUGGAGUGUUUGCAGCUAUUGGAGGAAGCUGCCACACAUGUACUGAAUCAUUAAAAUGCCAUUGCCCUUUUAUAACUGUGAGCUGGCUUGUAAUGGGGAAUUCAAACUACAGCCUCAGAAUCACUUGCUUAAAAAAUAGGUAUUGUUGAAUCAUUGCAAAUAGCUUUUUUCUCCCCCCAAUGCAUUAUUUUGAUUCUGGUUUUUUAUUAAGCAACAAAACCAAGAAUAUAAAGAAUAAGUCUCUUCCUACAUUAAAAAAUUCUUAGGAGAGCAUGCCUUGUAUUUCAUUAGAUGUGAACCUUAACCGUAGAACUGUAUUUGCAUUGAAAAGCUGCAUUUACAAAAGGCAGCUCUUGUACCAUUCAGAUCAUAAUGUCAUCCCUCUUCUUCCAAUUCUCCUUCAGAUGCUGUCAAGAUAGACUCCGCUGUACUCGGUUAAGAAGAAAAAGAUGUGUGCUGAGAUGCUUCUCUGCCUGGUCACUGUUAUUUUGAAGCAGCAAAAGAAGAGUGUUGCAGAAAUCCUUGGUUGCUGAUGAAAGACAGUAAUCGUGGUGAUGAGGUACAAGAAAAGGAAGUAAGAAUAACAGCUGGUGUUUGAAAUCGUAGUUACGGAGAUGGAAAGAAGGUGAGAUGCUGGAGCUGAAGAUGGGGGAUUCAAGACACGUGAAACACCAGAGCUCUUGGGUGCUCAGACAUAGAGACUUCUAACACACCUUGCAAAAUGGACUCGGGACACCUGCAGAGUGAUGCCUCUUCCAACAUUGGUGUUCCUUUGCUAAUGGAUUAUGACCAGAAUAAAAUGUUCAGGUGCAAGUCCAUCCUAAACUUUCCUCUACUGAAGAUGCAUUGCAGUAUGUGGAGGAGUUAAUUCUCCAGUUGUUAAAUAUGUUGUGCCAAGCCCAACCAAGGAGUUUCCUGGAUGUAGAGGAUCGUGUUCAAAAAAGUUUUCCCCAUCCUAUUGACAAGUGGGCAAUAGCUGAUGCCCAGUCUGCUAUUGAGAAGAGGAAACGAAGAAAUCCGUUAUCUCUCCCAGUAGAAAAAAUCCAUCCCUUAUUAAAGGAAGUUCUAGGCUACAAAAUUGACCACCAAGUGUCUGUUUACAUAGUGGCAGUAUUAGAAUACAUUUCUGCAGACAUCUUAAAAUUGGUUGGGAAUUACGUGCGGAAUAUAAGACAUUAUGAGAUUACAAAACAAGAUAUUAAAGUGGCAAUGUGUGCUGAUAAGGUAUUAAUGGAUAUGUUCCAUCAAGAUGUAGAAGAUUUAAGUGCACUAACUUUAUCUGAUGAGGAACCUUCCACCUCAGGGGAGCAAACCUAUUAUGACCUAGUGAAGUCGUUUAUGGCAGAGGUUCGACAAUAUAUAAGGGAACUAAAUCUCAUUAUCAGAGUUUUUAGAGAGCCAUAUGCCUCCAACUCCAAAUUAUUUUCAUCUCAUGAUGUGGAAAAUAUAUUUAGUCGUAUAUCAGACAUACAUGAACUUAGUGUGAAGUUAUUGGGCCAUAUAGAAGACACCGUUGAAAUGACAGAUGAAGGUAGUCCUCAUCCCCUAGUAGGCAGCUGUUUUGAAGACAUGGCCGAGGAAUUAGCAUUUGAUCCAUAUGAAUCAUAUGCACAAGAUAUUUUGCGACCUGGUUUUCAUGAUCAUUUUCUAAGUCAGUUAUCAAAGCCAGGAGCAGCAUUUUAUUUACAGUCAAUAGGUGAAGGCUUUAAAGAAGCUGUUCAGUAUGUUCUACCCCGGCUGCUCCUUGCCCCUGUUUACCACUGUCUUCAUUACUUUGAACUGCUAAAACAAUUGGAAGAAAAAAGUGAGGAUGAAGAGGAUAAAGAGUGCUUAAAGCAAGCAAUAACUGCCCUACUUAAUCUUCAAAGCAGUAUGGAACGGAUAUGCUCCAAAAGUCUUGCAAAACGAAGGCUUAGUGAAUCUGCAUGCCGGUUCUAUACUCAGCAGAUGAAGGGGAAACAGCUAGCAAUUAAGAAAAUGAAUGAAAUCCAGAAAAAUAUUGAUGGUUGGGAGGGUAAGGACAUUGGACAAUGCUGUAACGAGUUCAUCAUGGAAGGAACACUCACACGUGUAGGAGCAAAGCACGAGAGGCACAUAUUUCUAUUUGAUGGCUUAAUGAUUUGCUGUAAGUCAAAUCAUGGCCAACCAAGACUUCCUGGUGCUAGCAAUGCAGAAUAUCGACUAAAAGAAAAGUUCUUCAUGCGAAAGGUACAAAUCAACGAUAAGGACGACACUAACGAGUACAGACAUGCUUUUGAAAUAAUCUUAAAAGAUGAGAACAGUGUUAUUUUCGCUGCUAAAUCGGCUGAAGAGAAGAACAACUGGAUGGCAGCAUUGAUAUCUUUGCAAUAUAGAAGCACGCUGGAAAGGAUGUUGGAUGUAACAAUGUUGCAGGAAGAAAAAGAGGAACAGAUGAGAUUUCCAAAUCCUGAGCUUUACAGAUUUGCAGAACCUGACUCUGAAGAGAAUAUUGUGUUUGAGGAAAACAUGCAGCCCAAAUCUGGAAUCCCCAUCAUCAAGGCGGGAACUGUUGUCAAGCUUAUCGAGAGGCUGACUUACCACAUGUAUGCAGAUCCCAACUUUGUUCGGACUUUUCUCACAACAUAUAGAUCCUUCUGUAAACCUCAAGAGUUGCUGAGUCUGCUAAUAGAAAGAUUUGAAAUUCCAGAGCCUGAGCCCACAGAAGCUGAUCGUAUUGCUAUGGAGAACGGUGACCAGCCUCUUAGUGCAGAGUUAAAAAGAUUUAGGAAAGAGUACAUUCAACCUGUGCAGCUACGAGUAUUAAAUGUGUGUCGACACUGGGUAGAACACCACUUCUAUGACUUUGAAAGAGAUGCUGAUCUUCUGCAACGUUUAGAGGAAUUCAUUGGAACAGUAAGAGGCAAAGCGAUGAAGAAAUGGGUUGAAUCUAUCACAAAGAUAAUCAACCGGAAAAAGCAGGCACAAGCCAUUGGGCAAAGUCACAACAUUACUUUUGAGAGCCCUCCUCCGGCGAUUGAAUGGCACAUAAGCAAACCAGGACACACAGAGACUUUUGACUUGCUCACUUUGCAUCCAAUUGAAAUUGCUCGGCAGCUUACUUUACUUGAGUCAGAUUUUUACAGAGCUGUGCAGCCAUCUGAACUAGUUGGGAGUGUGUGGACGAAGGAAGAUAAAGAAAUUAAUUCUCCCAACCUUCUCAAAAUGAUAAGGCAUACAACUAACCUCACUUUGUGGUUUGAAAAAUGCAUCGUAGAAACAGAAAACCUGGAGGAAAGAGUAAUUGUAGUGAGCCGGAUAAUUGAGAUCCUGCAAGUAUUUCAAGAGCUAAACAACUUUAAUGGUGUCCUUGAGAUUGUCAGUGCUAUGAACUCCGCAGCAGUGUAUAGGUUGGAUCACACAUUUGAGCAAAUCCCAAGUCGCCAGAAGAAGAUUUUAGAAGAAGCUUAUGAACUGAGUGAGGAUCAUUAUAAGAAAUACUUGGCAAAACUCAGGUCCAUUAAUCCUCCUUGUGUGCCUUUUUUUGGGAUUUACUUAACUAACAUUUUGAAAACAGAAGAAGGCAACCCUGAAUUUCUAAAGCGACAUGGGAAGGAACUUAUAAACUUCAGCAAGAGAAGAAAGGUAGCUGAAAUAACAGGAGAGAUACAGCAGUACCAGAACCAGCCGUAUUGUUUAAGAGUGGAAUUUGACAUCAGGAGAUUUUUUGAAAAUCUGAAUCCAAUGGGAAACAGCAUAGAGACAGAAUUUACAGAUUAUCUGUUCAACAAGUCACUGGAGAUAGAGCCACGAAAUGUCAAGCCUCCUCCAAGAUUUCCCAAAAAAUACAGCUAUCCUCUCAAGUCCCCAGGUGUUCGCCCCUCUAAUCCAAGGCCUGGUACCAUGAGACAUCCUACACCUCUGCAGCAGGAGCCACGGAAAAUCAGUUACAGCCGCAUCCCAGAGAGCGAGACUGAAGCAACAGCAUCUGCACCAAACUCUCCCCGAACACCUUUGACUCCUCCCCCUGCUUCUGCUACUUCCAGUACUACAGAUGCCUGCAGUGUGUUUGACUCAGAUCCUUCAAGUCCUUUUCAUGCAAGAUCUGCUUCUGUGUCAUCCAUAAACUUCACCAAAAAUUCAGAUGAAGCUCAUGUCCCUCCUCCAGUUCCUCCACGAAGACGACCAGAGUCUGCCCCAGCUGAAUCCUCCCCAUCAAAAAUAACUUCUGUGCACCUGGACAGCCCACCAGCAAUCCCUCCUAGGCAACCAACCUCUAAAGUGUAUUCACCAAGGUACUCAGUGCCUGAUCGGACCUGCAUCUCUGACCCCCCUGAAAGCCCUCCUGUGUUACCACCACGAGAACCUGUGCGAACUCCAGAUGUUUUCUCUAGCUCACCACUACACCUCCAACCUCCACCACUGGGGAGAAAAAGCGAACUUGGUAACACUUUUUUCCCAAACAGUCCGUCUCCAUUUACCCCCCCUCCCCCUCAGACACCUUCUCCACAUGUAGCACGGAGGCAUCUUCCAUCACCACCUUUGAUACCGCAAGAUGUGGACCUCCAUUCUGUUGCUGGACCACCUGUUCCUCCACGACAAAGCACUUCUCAACAUAUCCCAAAGCUUCCUCCAAAAACUUACAAAAGGGAGCACACACACCCAUCGAUGCAUCGAGACGGACCACCGUUGCUGGAGAAUGCCCACUCCUCCUGAACUAUCCCUUGCACUGGGAGUCGCAUUUUCCUGGUGCUACGUCUGUUGCUGGCAAUGGAUGCACUGAACCUGGUGGUGCCAAGGAGUUGGGAUGUGUAUGCCAAACACUAAAAACUCUCCGAUAGAUUGGAAAUGCAGUGUAUAAAAAUGGAAUUGCAAAAGCAGACAUUCUAGUGGAAAAAAAAAAAAUGGUUAACUUGCUAUUCUUGGUUUAGUAUGCAGGACAUUGUUCUAAAGUAAUUGGACAACUGAUUGUACCAGAAAACAGACUUGAGAGACUUCUUUGGCCAAUGAGCAGAGACUGUGUUUGUGUAAUGAUCAAUAAUGUCCAGUACAGGAAGGAAAACAGUCUUGUAUCCAUCAGUUCCAUACAGUGGCACAGUUUUUGGAAUUAAAACAUUAUGCACUUUUUUUAAAUCUCAAACAGGGAACUUUAUAUCCUUCUUAAUCUUCCUUUGCUUUACUCCUUGCUUUAAAAUACCUUCCUAAAAUUAUGAGAAGGACUGUGAGGAAGAUCUGUGGUACCUAACCGAGCUAGAAUUAAGGCAAAGCACUGUAUUGCGGUCCUGUUUACAAGUUGUUACAAUGAAUAGUAGGGGGUACCUAGGCUUCACCAAAGAGGUACUUUAUUAUUAUUUUCUGAAAUACUAUGGUGCCAGUUCAAAAAUAAAUUUUUGCCAGGAAGCAUAAUGUCUAAUUAUUGCUUUCUUUAGAUAGAGCAGAUGAAAGUCUUACAUCAUUAAGGUGACAGCAAGUUUUCUUUUAAGAAGCAGCACUAUCAUCCGAAGUAAAUAUACUACUACAUUUAGAAGACUGUUAAUCUCUGCUAGGUUAUGUUCACGUUCUUUUUAAGGUUUACUGAUAAUCCAUUUCAUGGCUAGUAGCUAUUCUUUUUCAGUCACGCCAUGAAAACAGUCACUUGUGAAGAGGAGCACUCACUUGUCAACUUCCAUAGCUAUUGUCAUGUUUUACUAACAAUAGAUUAAUCAGCAUACAUAGAAUUGCCUUGCAGUUGCAUAAAUCAUGUGUAUAUAGUGAACGUUGCAUAAAUAUACUUGCAGAUUGUUUUUAAUUUAAUUGAAAUAAAGAUACAGAUAUGUUCGGCUGACAUACGUUAAAUUAUUACACAGGCAAAUGGACAAAUCAGGUUUUCAGUUAAGCAAUGAAAGGGACAAAAGCACACGUUGUGGUACAUACUAGUUCAGUGUAUGUAUUUUAGUAAUCAGACUCUAAAGGGAAGUCAGUUCUGGCAUGUGUUGCAGAGUAAUAAUUCAGUAAUAUUUGAGAAGCUGGGUUACUCCCAAAGUGAAUUAUUAUACAUUAUAAAACUUCCCACACUUCCUGUAUGACAUCUGUUAGAAAAAUUUAAACAAUUACUAAUCUUUACAAAAGGUUUCUAUGUCCAAAAUAUACAUGACGGAACAUGUACUGGUAUAAGUAUCAUGACAUGGAUUAUCCAUAAACCUGUGUACUGCUCUUCAACUCUAGAAAAUACUGUGACAGUAAUGCAUGGCAGUUAUUGAAGAAAAGAAGCUCUAUAACCUCCACUACAGUAUGUAUGUGAAGUGUAAAGUGUCUCAUCUUCAGUUAAUAUGGCUCAUGGGUCAAAGUAAAAUUCUAUCCCAUUUAAUCUUUGGAAGAAGAAUGUAUUUCAGCAUCCUGGAAAGCUGUGUCACUAGGGAUGAUGUUAGUGGAAUGAUGAUGGAAAUCACCUUUGUUAAUGCUUUCUGCAGUGUCCCUUGAUCCUUUAGUGGUCAUUACAUUUCAGAAGGUGUUCUGAUUUCAACAAGAAUGGCAAUUUUAAAUGUUGAAGUUUAACAAUGUUAGUUGUAUUCCUUCUUUUGAUGUCUUUAACAACAUAGUUUUGAAACCUUUGCUUGGCAAAAAGAAGAAAAAGUGAAGAUCUCUAAAUUUUGGCUUCAGAGGAGCUUUGUAAAAACCCUCAAGCUACAGGAGCCAUAGUUUAGGUUAUUGUUCUUUGGAUAUAAACACUGUGAUGUGCAAACUAUUGGCAAUGUCAUCCAAGUUACUAGUUCAUCAGUGUAUUACCAGGAAAAACUCCUUAAAUUUAGACUUUCUGAACUGUCUCUCUUCUGUACACUCUUGUCUGUGCUAUUCUGUAGCCAAGGCAGACCAGGCAGAAGGAAUGAUCCAGUGGUUAGGUUGCUCAGCUAGGAGGAGAGGCCUCACAUGGAUCCUGCUAAUCCACAGAUUUCAUGAGUGUCAGCAGAUCUCCAUUUCCCUUUGUGAAAUGGGGAAUGAUGUUCCACAUCUUUGUGGUUGAGAAUAAAAGUGCUUUACUCGUGUGAUA